GACGGCUAUCGUACAGGGACCACCUGGCCAGGUAACAGAAACAACCCACCAUAACCUUAAAUAGGUUGACGAAUGCCCUAUCAAAUGGAAAGCUACAUACACUUUCUCCAUGGAACACCGAUCACCCAAGUAGUCGUGCUCGAAGAUGAGGUCGUCGUGACGUCAAAACUCAAGGGUCCACUCUUCCAUCGUUGAGACUACCCAUCAGCACGCAAGCAUACAAAAAGCUCGAACCCCCGCUACAAGUUGUCCUCACUCUUAUUUCUUGCCUCAAAUAACAUUUCAUUCCACUCCAAUCAAUCCCAUACCUAUUAACAUCUUCACCCCAUCACAUACAUACGCACUGCACAACAUGUCCGCCGAAUACAAGAACGCCGAUCUUAACGCGCUCUCCGCACAAGCCGAGCGCGAUCUUAACUCAGACGGCGCAAAGAAAGGCCACGGCGCCUCUCUCUCCGCAACCGAGUCCGGCGUCAAUUCCUCCGUUGAGAAUAGGUUCGCCGGCGCAGAAGUUACCUAUGGCUCUGCUGCUUCAGGCACGGGCAACAACCGCGAGAUCCCGCUGUCCGAAGGCGGAGACAUUAACCCUAGGACCGGCCAGCUGUUCAAGGCGGGUGACUUUGAGCAAGGCGGUGUUGGCGAGACCAAGCAGGAGACGCUCGCGAGGACACAAGGUGGCGACGAUGCGGUCAGGGAGAACGUGAGGAACUAG